UAGAAAAUCCAGUUAAGGAUAUGCUACUGAUGGACAAUGAAACGAACUCGACAUCACCUGAUGAUCCAGGAAACUCUACCGAUUUUCAUUAUUACUUUUUUGAGACAGAACAGAGAGUGUUCCUCUGCGUCCUCUUUCUGUUCAUCCUAAGUGGAAACUCCAUGGUUCUUAUUGUCAUCAUCCGGACCAGAAAGCUCAGAUCAAGAAUGAAUAUUUUCAUGGCAAACUUGGCAUUGGCAGAUGUACUGGUAGGAUUCUCUGUGCUAAUCGAUGUCUUAGAGAAGUUCUUCGUGGAUUGGCAUGGCGGUGAUGUAUUGUGUAAAGCAGUCAGAUUCUAUCAGGGAGUGGCAUCUUAUGGAUCCACGUACGCUCUGGUGGCGCUUAGUAUUGACAGGCUUGAUUGUGUAGCAAGACCGCUUCAAACCAUGGGAAAAGGGUUCCGUAUCCGACUCCUCAUAGGACUUCAGUGGGCAUUCUCCUUGCUCUUUUCUUUACCAAUGUUUAUGUAUGAGGAUGUCGAAAUUCAUUCCAAACAACAAUGUCACCUUCAAUUUCCCGAACAAUGGAUGUGGAAAUUGUACGUAAUUCUGGUGACUCUGGCUAUCCUAUUCAUUCCAGCUUUGAUAAUAGCAGUAUGUUACAUUACCAUAGUGACAAUCGUCUGGAAAAAAUCUUCGUUUACCAUCUCCUCUUCAAAAAAUAAAAGUGAUCAUUCUUGUAUGGAAUUAUCGACAGUGAUUACUAAAGAUAGUUUUUCUGAAGAAAAAACAUUGCUAAAGCCGCCUCGACAGAGACGAGUACAUUGGAAGAGAACGUGCGAUUCUAGUUCUAGAGGAUUAAUACCAAAGGCCAAGAUAAAGACCGUCAAAAUGACAUUUGUUAUAGUUUUAGCUUUCAUACUUUGCUGGUCCCCCUACUGGAUUUUCAACAUUCUACAGACAUUUGGACACCUGACUCCGUCUCAGACUCUCUUCGCCUUGAUUGUUUUCUUUCAAAGUUUAAGUUCAUUGAAUAGUGCAGCAAAUCCAGUGAUAUUUUUCAUUUUUAAUUCUGUUUUGUAUAAAAGACUUUGUUCACCAAAUACCCCGCAAACUCCACCAACGACUUCAGUUUCCAAUGUAUGACGUCAUAUCCUGUUAGUUCAAACAUUUUUGUGCUCCAUUAUUACACUGCAUAUGUUGACUGUGGCUGUCUUUGAUGAAGGUUUAAGUCUUCAAAGAUAAGCUUUAUAAUGAUUAAUGCUUUAUUCGAAUUAGUUUUUAUACUUGUCAUGAAAAGAGGUUAAAAAUUUACUAUUUGGUGCUAUAGUACUUGCAUUGUUUGAACCGGUGACGUUUUGUUU